CAAGGCAGCUCGGGUCUGGUUUUAACAGCACAGAUAUGCGGGAAGACAAAGUCCAGGCCAAAAAAGUAGAAAAAAAAAAAGAAAAAAAAAAGCUUAAUUCUGUUUCGAGACUCUGAAGAGGCGGACGUUCUGCGAAGUAAACAAAUCCUCGAAUCUCUUUUUGGUUUGUAUCAUCCUUUUUCUCCUUUGCACUGUUUGUGUUGUUUAUAUUUUCGAUCUUUGUUUGUUUUUUCCCUUUCAAUCAAGCAAACAGAGUCCACUUUCGCUUUACUUCAUCUGAGAGAACUGAACAACAUGUACACAUCUUCCAUUGCUGCUAUUGCUCUUUUGGCCUCUACCGUUGUUGCUACUCCUCCAGCUUGUCUUCUUGCCUGUGCUGCGCAAGUUGUUAGAGCAUCCGACUCCUGUAGCGAGUUGGCGGACAUCUCCUGUAUCUGUGAGGAUGACUCGUCUGCUAUGAAGGACUGUUUGAACUCUAUCUGUCCAAACGACAACGCGGACACAGCUUACGAGAGCUUCGAGGGCGUUUGUAAGAAUGCCGGUGCCUCUGUGAACUCUUCUUCUGAGUCCUCUGAGUCCUCUUCUAAGUCUGAGUCCUCUUCUAAGUCUGAGUCUUCUAAGUCUGAGUCUUCUAAGUCUGAGUCUUCUUCUUCUGAGGAGCCAACUACCUCUGAGGAGCCAUCAACCUCUGAAGAGCCAACUACCUCUGAGGAACCAACUACCUCUGAGGAACCAACCACCUCUGAGGAACCAACCACCUCUGAAGAACCAACCACCACCGAGCAACCAACCACUGUGGAAACAUCCGCAACCGAAACCUCAACAACUGUUGAAGUCUCUACACAAUCCGCUGCUGGUAACAUGAACGCACCAGCUGCCAUCUUUGGUGCUGCCGCUGCCAUUGCCCUCCUCCUCUAAGAUGCCCCCUUCCCUUUCUUUAUGUAAUGAUCUAAAUACAGAAUCACACUUGCUGGAUUACGGCAAUUGAUCUUGUCCUUGAAAAUGUUUAUAAAACAAUAACUUCUAUUUAUAUCUCUCUUGUACUUGCAGAUGUAUCUGACCAAUCUUGUCUCAACAACAACCUCAGGAUCAUUCCUCAACUGUGAAAAGGUGUUCAAGGGAAACGAAU